AUGGGUAAAAACAUCACUUCCAACCCCGAGGCAAAAAAGGCUAGAGCAUUAUGGGAUAAUAAUCCAAACUGGACAACUACUUUUUGUAACCUUUGUGUGGAACAAAUUCAACUCGGGAAUAGAUCAAGAGGUGCUGCCUGUAGUACCGAAGGUUGGACCAAUCUAGUGACCAAAUUUUUUGAUGAGACCGGUCAAAACUAUGAUAGGGACCAAUUAAAAAGUUUAGGUUGGGAUGCAAUAAAGGGAACGAUUCGUGCUACUGAUGAUUGGUGGAUCAAGUUAAAGGAAUUACCCAAAGCUAAAAAAUUUCGAGAAAAAGGUCCACAGAAUCUAGAACAACUUGAUAUAAUGUUUAGGGAUGUUGUAGCAACUAGAGUAGCUACAUGGACCCCUUCUUCAAAUGCACUCCCUUCAACAAUGCCACAAGAGGGUGCUGGUGAUUCAGAUGGUAGCUCCGAAUUUAAGGAUGAUCAAUAUGACAUGAGUUUAGACAUUGAUAGUUUGCAACAAGGACAUACUAGUCAAUCACGUAGUUCAAGACAAAAACGAACUAGUGAAUCAAUACCCUCACAGAAGAAAAAGAAGAAGAUAGGAGGAGCUGCAAUGUUGGACAAUUGUAUUAGUCAAUUAAUAACUGUAUGUCAGAAUAAGUCUGAAGGUACUUCUCGAGAGUCACCAAGUUCAAUUGAUAAUGUCACGACGAUUGUGAGAGCACUUCCUAGAGUGGAUAGUAAGUUCGUGGUUCAAGCUUCCUUUAUCUUACUAAAAAGGUCACAUAGGGAGAUGUUCCUAACUUUCAAGGAGCCAGAGUCACAACUGGAGUGGCUACAAGGAAUGAUUUGUUGGAACCAAAAGAAGUGA